AUGGCAUACUAUGACGAGCCUGUACCGUUGGGAUGGCCUGGCGCCCCCGUUCCCAGCCCGUCCCAUCAGCGCGAUCCCCCAUUCCAACUCAAUGUCUUACAGCACCCCAGAGAGGGCAAAGCAGCAACAGCUAAAGAUAAAGAUCGCAAGCCACUUGAUCCUCCACCGAUUGUACAACUACAACUUGUUGCCGACCCCACUCCAAAUGCCCGAUACCGUGGUCUUCUCACGCCAGACUUUCCUUGGACCAUGUGCAUAGCGCGACUGGAGGAUGCCGAAGAGGACAGCACAGGAGGGCGAACAAACCGCCAAAAUGCGUCAUCAGCUUCGUCAUCUCUCAUUGGCAACAUAGCUUCCUCUGUACAUAAGGCGAAAAUCGGUGAUGAUGACGACAAGAGAGAAGUUGGAGUCCUGGUUUUUCCAAAUUUGUCUGUGAGGAGCAAGGGCAGAUACCGACUGCACUUCACCGCUUACAUCAUGGAAACCUCGCCGGAUGGAAGUAAAGAGGAGUGGGUAGCCGUGGCACAAACCAGGUCAGACAUAUUCAGCGUCCUCGAAGGUCGAGCCUAUCCGGGGCUGGCAGAGUCAACAUCAUUGACAAGAACAUUGGCGGACCAAGGAAUCAAAUUGCGCUUACACAGAGAGUCGGCUGCACGGAGAACCAAAAACCACAAUCAUGCUUUUGCAGAGUCACACGAUUCAAGAGGUAAUGUGGGAGGGAAAAGGCAGCGCAUUUCGGGAGAUGCGUCAACGACGAUGUCUGGUGCCCGCAGCAGACAGCCGACCGUUCCGAAUCAGUAUCAUCGUGAGCCAUCAUUAGGGCAGACCCAGACGGCGAGCAACACCAUGGGAAUGGGGCAGCCCAUAUUGACGAGCCAGUCUACAGCAUCUUUCAAUUACGCGCCAACCUCGAUGGCACAGGCCGAAACCUUGUUCACCUCGCAUUACCCAUACCACAGCAUGGCAGGCCAGAGUACGACAGGUCAGAGCAUGGCAGGUCAAGGCAUCGUACCGAGCCAGAGCUCUGCCCUUGAAUACCUGUAUGGCGGACCCAGGUUUGAUAGCCCGGAGAUGGUAGCUUCACAGAUGACGCCUGCAAGCCUCCCGAGCCUGCCACAGUUUGGACAAAAUAUCCCGGCCGAUCUCCAGUUUGACCCAUCAAGGUUCAAGUUCAAUCAGUAG